AUAUGCAUUGGGGGAAAUGCAGGUUACACUGAACAGCCGUUUCAAACCCGGAGAGGCAAAGACACAUUGGAAUCCCAAAGGAAUUCCAUAACCCUGAGGCUGUGCCAACGAAAGAAUAACGACACAACUGAAGGCGAAAAGAACUAAUGGUCAGAGCAGCUCUGUGGAGACCUCCCAGCCCAGAUCUGUUACGAGCACAGACAUAGAGGGAGAACACAGUGAAUGCCAAAUCAAAGAAACGAACGAGAAUAAAAUAGGACCUUCUGCCAUUUAAUGGUUUAAGAGAAGAGUGACUAAGAAGUUUAUCUACAAAGAACUAUGGAUAGUUCCAACUCAGAAGCUAAAGAUGCAAAGCCUGUAUCUCUUGACAUCAAUGGAAAAAGAGAAAGUCAACAAAGGGACCAGACAUCUCACCAAGAGACGUCAAGCCGUCAUCCAGAAGUGCUUUUCCAAGAAGAAAACAUUGACCUUGAUGGGGAAGCAUUUAUUACGCCACAAGAGGAUAUUUCAGAGAGCUUCAUGGAUAAGCUCAAUGACCAAAUGAUGGAAAGCGUCUUGAUAUCAGACUCGCCCAGUAACAGUGAAGAUGAUCUUGGUCAGAUGGACAGCUUGCAAGAUAUUUUGGAGCAGGAUGAAGAAAAGGAAAACUUUGGGAUAAAAGAAACUGAGAAUAAAGAAAACCAUGAGACUACUGGUGAGAAGACAAAGCUUGAAAGUUUGGAAGAACCUGAAGAAAUCUCAACGAUAACCUUAACACAUGAUGAGAAACAGGAGGAGCCAAAAGAAGAGUCAAAAGUGGUUGAAACCCCUAGCCAACCAACAGUGGAUGAUUAUGAUUUAAUUAAGACUGAUCAGCAAGAAUCAGCAGAAUCUGCGAGUUCAGGUAAACAGUCACCAAAGGAGGAAACCAUCCCGGUGUGUACGAUCUUCAGUCAAAGUAAUCUACCUAAAAUCCAAGCCCAGUCUUUGAUGCCUGCUGGGUUUGAACCGGCAAUGGUUAAGUCGCCUAGUUUUGGCAGCGGCAUUGAAACCCCUAACAAACUCCUUCCAUUAGUAUGCCAGCCAAGUCCAAGUCUUAGCAAGUUUUUUGUAGACAACGGCCAUUCUAACCCAGCAGCAGACUUCUUUGAUUCGUUUACAACCUCAUCUUCUUUCAUUUCAGUUAGCAAUCCUAACGCAAACACCCCCGAUUCCUCAAUACCAGAAGGACUGUCAUCUUUGUCCUCUCCAACUGGAGUUACUCCCCAAGAACCUGCUACACCCACCUUUUUCUUUGGGGGUGCCCCCCCAGAGUCUCCUGUUAAGCUCUCCUCUGCUGAAAUUACACCUCAGUUUUCACAGAUACAGGCUGCUUUUGCAGGCAGCGAUGAUCCUUUUGCCACAGCCCUUAACAUGAGUGAAAUAGACAGAAGAUAUAAUGCUUGGCUCCCAUCAGAAGAAACAAGGAAGGUUUUGAUUUCUGUUGCCACUCAGCAGUACAACACAGUGUUUAUUGAGAAAGAGCAGCUGACCAUGCCUGGAUUGAAGUUUGACAACAUUCAGGGUGAUGCUGUCAGGGAUCUUAUGGUGCGUUUUUUGGGGGAGCAGGCUGCAAUGAAGAGGCAGGUUUUAACAGUUAACUCUGUGGAGCAAUCAUUUGUGGGACUAAGGCAGUUGAUUAGCACAAAGAACUGGAGGGCUGCUGUUGACCUGACUGGAAGACUACUGACUGCUCACGGUCAAGGGUAUGGGAAGAGUGGGCAGCCUACCAGCCACACUACAGAUUCCCUGCAGCUCUGGUUUGUAAGGCUAGCAUUACUAACCAAAUUAAGCCUGUUUCAAAAUGCCGAGAUGGAGUUUGAACCAUUUGGAAACCUUGACCAGCCAGACCUUUACUACGAAUAUUACCCAAAUGCAUAUCCAGGACGCAGAGGUUCAAUGGUUCCAUUCUCAAUGCGGAUUUUGCAUGCUGAGCUGCCACAGUAUCUUGGAAAGGCACAAGAUUCCCUUGACCGCCUGCACAGUAUGAAAAUGAUUGCCUUAAAGAUUUUGGACAAUUUGGAAAAUGAACUAUCAGAAGAUGGAAGUAUGAUUAACAUAACGCAAGAGAACAGGCAAGCCGCUAUUCAGCUGUGGAGGUCACGUCUAUGCCGGGUGAUGUACUCCAUGGCAAACUGUCUGCUACUGAUGAAGGAUUAUGUGCUAGCAGUAGAUGUGUACCACUCAAUCAUCCAGUAUGAACCAGAGCAACAACCUCAGCUUCUAAGUGGAAUUGGAAGAAUUUUCCUCCAGAUUGGUGACAUUAAAACAGCAGAGAUGUAUUUCCAGGAUAUGGAGAAUGGAUUCACAACAAAAGGAGAGGAUCCAAACCAAAGUACUUUGGUUUUAAUGAACAGGGCAUUUGUGUACCUAAGUCAGAAUAACUAUGGAGAAGCACACAGUUUGUUUUCAGAGGUUUUGAAAAUAGACCCCACUAACCCUGUGGCAAAUAACAAUGCUGCUGUUUGCUUGCUUUAUUUGGGUAAAUUGAAAGAUUCCCUGAAGCAAUUAGAAGGAUUAGUCCAGCAAGAUCCCAAACGCUACCUUCACGAGAGCGUUCUUUUUAACCUCACGACUAUGUAUGAACUGGAGUCUUCACGCAGCAUGCAGAAAAAGCAAGCUCUGCUGGAGUCCAUUGCCUGCAGAGAGGGAGAUAGCUUUAACAUUCAGUGUCUAAAGCUGGUGUAGAGUUUGUGUGCUUACAAGAGCAUAGACUUCUGUUUCAUGGCUUUGAAAGUGGAAUGUAAAAAAGAAAUGUGUGUGUGUAUAAUUAACAAUCAAUUUCUAUUGAUGAAAAAAUGUAUUUAGUUUUAAGUUUUGAUUUGUAUUUGUGAAUAAAGACUCUACAAAGUACUGUAUCAUGUCUCACAGAUCUUAAAAAAAAAAAAAAAAAAAAACAGUUGUACAAUAGUUAUGCAAUCAUAAAAAUCUUAAAUUCAGAAGUUUUUAUUGAAUUGAAGAUACCUGAAAUUGGUUUCAGUUGCAUCAAACAUAUUUUGAAAUACCAAUUCUCAGACGACUCAAAGUUAACUGAAGCCAUAAACCCUAUUCAUGGUAACUGGUUGUCAAUACAUUUUCAAAUACAGUAACCUAAAAAAAGUGAACCUUCUCCCUAUGAAUGUAAGAAUGAAAAUAAUAUAUUUUAAAAUGAAUAAUAGUGAUUUGACUUGGUUUUAUUUGCAUUCAAUGUACACUUCACUCCAAGUAUCUGGAUGCUGGGUUAAUGACCUACGUAACUGCAUUUUAAUUUAGAUAUUUUCAGAUGUAUACUAAAGAUUGAAUAGAACCAUCUGGUGUUAAUAGUAUGUAUGUUAUUCACUUUAAAAAUCCCAAAUCAUGUUAUCUCUUACAUGGUAAACCACAUAUGUGAAGAAAAACAAACUUCAUACUAGUAUUAUUCAAAGUGACUUGGACAGACUAGAGGGUGAACUAUGCAUCACAAUUGCUGUGAUUGAGCUAGGAUUGAAGUGAGGAACUCCUGGUAACAAGCCCCUUUCUUUAACCACUGGACCACCAAACCUGGGCUUCUCAAAGUCUAACCACUUGGAUGACACAUCAAUUUGUGUGCCCUGUAGUUUUUGCAUAUAUUGAUGUGAAAAAAUAUGUUUAAAGUGUUUUACCCUUGUAACAAAUAAAUAAAUAAAAAACUAAAACCAAUA